AUAUCAAAAAACAACGAAAGAGCAUUAUUCAAUUUUUAUCUCGAGUCGCUGCCAACUAUGCGACCAUAACUGUUUUUGCGACGCAAAACUCGCCGUCAGAAGCAGAAGAGCACUAUCAUUAUCAAAUAAUGGCGUCGUCAAAGGGAAAAGCAAGAGACCGAAGACCCGCGAAGAAGCGAGUAACACGACGAAUAUCACAUCCCGACACUCGUUCCCGAGUUAAACCGGCACGCCGUAAACGCGCGAGUACUCCAUAUCGACGGCAGCCAUGCAAUACCAUUAGUAUACCUCAAUUGGUCUACGAACUCCUCACCAUUGAUAAAUAUAAUCAAGAAAAGAAACGCUUUCCGUCUCCGGAACGCGUCGAGACACGCUCGAAGCGUCAGAGAAUGCAGAAUUCUCACGAGCAGCAAAGGCUCUCGUACGAAGCGGUCGAUCAUCGCGAUGAUUCAGAAUCCGUGCAUAUACCCGAAUACACAACAGAGUCUAGACCUACAUCCAUCGAUAGCCUCACGGAAGCAACGGAUGCUGCAAAUAGCUCGGCGCCGACGAGUUCCGCGAAUAGCAGCGUGUCAAAUGUUUCAAUGGAACCAAUCAAGCUGGCAAACUCGCUCAACAACGCCAAAGCACUUUUCAGAAAAAGAUCCCUGGUACAGCUCAUUAACAGUUACAUCAAAGCUGGCAUCGAAGAAGGGAAGCGACACGCCAAGAAGUAUAUCCGCAAAGCACUAUCUUUUGGCGUGAGAUCGGGUUACUUGAUCCCGGCCGAUCCGCAAGGUAAUGUGCUUCGUGUGUGCCCGACUCUGGACACACAGUCUUGGAGCUGGAGAUCGACCGACACCGAGUCUCGACAAAGACGGCGCAACGCUCGACGAGGGAAGCCGCAUUUGACAACUGUCGCCGAUCGAAAGGCAAUGCGUCGCGGGAUACCGCGAGAUAAGCCCCUUAUUCACAAUGCGGACGACAGGCGGACGGCAUCGAAAAGGAGAUACAGAGCGCAACUCGCUAAAAGUCCUGCCAGAAGUUUGAGCACGCGAGGGAGCACUCCGAAAAAAUCGUCUAGUAAAUCGUUACGCGAGAAAAACAAAUCAAAAGUUGUCACGAGAAAGAACAGUAAAAUUAACAAUACGAUCAACAAUAAACGAGAACAACAACGGAAAAAAGACGACGGCGGAAAUAUUAAGAAGUCAGUCAAAAGACGACGUACGUCCUUCUCCGCGAAACGUGCGGAGAAUGUUCAUGAGCCAGUUGAAGAAAGUUGUAAGGACGUUAGCGAAAAAGAUCGCGAUCAGUACAAAAGCAAUGAAAAUAAUAGAGCUAAGAGACGAAAGUCGACGUCGAGCCAAGAGGACGAAGAGAGAAUGGAGAAACGAAAUACCGAGGAAAAUGUCAACGAUGACAGCAUAGAAAGUAGGAAUUCCAAUGAUGAAGACAAUGACAAAAAGUCUGAAAAAGGGAGUGACGAACAUGACAUGAACGACAGAGCAACUGGAGAAAUGGAACAUUAAAGAAUGAAACGUGUAUCUUGAAUGACGUCUUUUUUAGUCUAGAAACGAGAAAUUUCUGUCUUUCAUACUCUUUAUUUUUUCAUUUUGUUUGUAAAAUAUAUUUAUUACAUAAAAUUU